UCUUUACAACUCCCCAACUUGCGCUCUGUAGGUCGUUAUUCAUUGAUAAUUCCUCUAAGGACUAUGGCCUUUCCCACCAGUGUUUGGUUGUCUCAGUAUUGUAAGAAGCGUAUAGCCUAUAGGCAAGCCUGCGGAAAUACGAAGAUGUGAGCGAGUACAUGUGUCAAUUCUGGUGAUGGCUCGACCCGAAUUAUAAAGGAUAAAACCCUAUUCGCCAUUGUUCAUUAAAACAUUUUGUAUAAUUGUACAGCACCUAUAUAUCUGUCAAAACCUAUAUUUAUUUGGUUGGGAAGAACUUCUUAAAUCUUCAUGCAUAGUGGACGACAGAGAACAAGAACAGAUGUAACUGUAAUGGUGUGUCAUCACUAUCCCGCAAAUUACAGACCGCGUACAACCCACUACCGUUACUGAUACCAGCCAGCAAAGGCUUGGUGAUUCUUUACCUUCAAGGUGUAAUUAAUAACGACAAGCCCUUUCACCACUUCCCCCAGGAGAUACAGAUUAUCCAAGUAAUCCGGUCCAGGAAGCAGCCCGUAUCCGAAUCUACCGCGGCGAUUCUUUCAAAGCUAUUGCAGCAUUUGUUCUAAAUAAAUUUCAAAAGGCCGUCUAUGUUUUCAGAAUGGGUGGGUGUUUGGGGGAUGUAAAGACGAUUAAAGCUACAGGAUAUUUAUUGGGGGAGGGUGGGCGCUGAUAAAAUUAGAUAUAAAUUAGAUCCUCCUAUUCAGAAGGCAUCUGACUUGAAUCUGGACAAGGAAGGGUACUGGCCAAAGUGAUCUAGCAAUACUUUCCAAAAUAUAACGGUAGAAUAUUGUAACAUGUUACAAAUGACUAAAUAUUAAAUAACAUUUAAAGAGGGUUUCCCAUCGAUUACGAUUGAUAAAAUCGGUGUGUAUAGCCGCUUUAGACAAGCAAGGGGGAUACAGCGCGCUUAAGGUCAGGUAUGUGGGCGUGUGUGCUACUGUCGGCGUGCCUAAUGCCGGCUUUCGUUAGCAGAGCGUCUGGGAACAACAUAAUACGACCAUCGACUUCACUGGGACCAGUAAACCAGACGACCUGUAAGGUUGAUCGUGACUGUGGCAAUCAGGAAUAUUGCGAACAAGCGUCGCAAAAGGCUCCCGUGUGCACUGCCUGCCGGACGGAGAGACGCCGCUGUCAGGGGAUCGGCAUGUGCUGUCAGGGACUCCACUGCAUUAACGGACAAUGCAAAAAAUCAAGAAAAGAAGAACCAAACAAUCCAAACAGAAGAAAAUCACGUCCAAAACACAAAAGGAAGGAAAAGAAAAAAGGCCAAGAGAUGGCAAAAUGCGUUCGCUCCGAAGACUGUGGAGAAGGAUUGUGCUGCAGGCGCUACCUGAAGGGCAAUAAGUGUCAGCGCAUUGGUACCGAGGGCGAGGCCUGCUCCCUACACUCGCACUCCAAGCGCCUCCGGGCUGUGGAGUACUGCCACUGCGCCCAGGGUCUCUCCUGCCAUGCCCAGGACCAAAGCACGAAAGGCAAUGGAAUCUGCCGACCCACCAGCCCGUUCACUUAGAUGCAGAAAGACCAACGGCAGUUUCCACAACAUAAAUAUUAGUCAUUAAUGAAUGCAUAUGUCUUGUUUCAGCUUCAUCUUUUGUUUUGGUGCCCGCAUUUAAAAUUCACUUUUGUGUUUUCAUUCCUCAAGCCAAUCCAGAUUGUAUUGUGUUUCUGUAAGAACGUUUGUGUGUGUGUGCGCGCGCGUGUGUGUAUGGUCACAGCAUUUGCAAAUGUUAUUGUAAUGUAGUAGAAAUUAUUUCUCUAAUUUAUAUGUUUAUUAGAGAUUGAAAUUUGGGACUCUCCAGGAACAGACCACGUUGUGAAUUCCAUGGUGCUCGCUUUCCUUCCCAUUUAAUAUAUUUAUGAAGUUAAAGCCUAAUACUAUUAACUGUUUGUCAUUGACAAAAUGUUCUUUUGUCUUCAGCCAGACUGUAAAAUUAAACUUGUGGGUGCUGGGUUUAUAUGCUGAGAAUAAUUGUGCCGUUGGCACUGGAUGCAAAUGACAUUAUUGCUUUUCCGUAUUUGAAUUUGGAUAUCAGUUGUAGACCAUAAUCUUUGAAAUGGCAUCCUUAUUUCCAGAAUUUGGCCCUUAUAGUUGUUUUGAUCUUUUUUUAACUCAGACUUAAAUUGAUAUAGCCAGUCGUUACAGAUCUUCCCUGCCGGUUAGAGAAGGAAACAGCGCACUCUGCUGACCGCAGUGGAGAACUCCAACAGCAUUAAACGUAGAGCAAUGAACUUCGUUCUAGCGGUAGAGUAGCAAACUGACGAAAUUAUCUGUUGCUGCAUGCAAGAAAAAUAAAAUGUUUUAUUCUUGUAA